AGUGAAAAAAGUGAAGAUGAUAUUCCUGAAGACAAUGAAACAAUUGCAAAAGUAGACCCAAUCACUCCCAAGUCUGUGACUCCUGAACCCCCUCAUAAUGAAAGGCGAUUUUCUGAUUUUGACCUGGUACAGGAGUCCACUUCUUACAUUGGUCAAUUGGCUCAGCAUCAUGAAAUGGGUGGUUACAUGAAAGAAGAGGUGGAAGCUGCACUUGAGAUGCCUAAUCAUCAAGAUCACCUCCCUGCAGAAAAUCAUGCUGACCAAGUAGUAGAGAAUAAUGAGAAUCAGGUCAUUGAGGAUGACCCAAAAUGGUGGGACAGUGAGUCUCAGUAUCUGUUAGACUCGCAACAGCUUGUGGAAGGGCUGUCUUUGUGUGAUGAGCUUCUGCAGAGCCAGUCUCCCAACAGGGAUGGAAAUGAAACUGAUAAAGAACUAAAAGCCAAGCCCCGUCUUGCUGAUUAUGCUCACUUAGGACCAGAGAAUUUAAAGAAGGAUUUGGAGGCGUGCCAAGCUUUGGUCUUUGAUCCAACAAACCUAGAACUUGAUACACCACCUGAUUUUCGGCUGAGCCAAAUAGUAAACUCUGUUAUCCUUUCUGGCAUUUUCUUUCGUUGUAUUGAACAUAAUGGUUUAUACUUUAUUGCAAUUGACUUUCAUUAA